AUGACUCUGCACGGACAAAUGGUUCCUGGUACAGAGCACAGAAUUCCAAGCUUAAACAGGGCUACACAAGAAGCUGGUUGCACCAGCGUUCAACUGGCACCGGAAUAUACUCGGGUGGAAACGUUGUGCCUGUAUUUUCUAUAUCUGUUCACCCUGUACCUGGAUAGUUUCCUGGUUCAAAACAGAGGGUCAGGAAUAAGAGAACAACGCUCAAUGUCAUUGCCUGGUUCCUGUCCCGGACACGCGAGCCGGACUUUGGUUGCGGCCAUGUUCCAGUCCUUCAGUAAACGAGGAAUCGGACCGAGCACGAGGGCUACCCAAGGAAAGCGAAAAAAAGACUUGAUCGAGAUCGGAUCGAUCAUAAACCGAGGGCCAUGGUUGUUGUUGGAAUUCCGAUUGCCUAGUGGCUGGAUAUACGGCACCAUGCAUUCCUCCGCGGAUGAAAUCGUCGAUGUGGAAGAUGAAUCGUGUGGUAUUAUCUACGCAUUGGAAGGGAUUUGGUUCCUUGCCUAA